GAGCGCUUUCUAUAAGUCAGUCAGUCAUUUUAUGCAGUCCUGUGCAGUUCAUAGUGGAUGCAUAUGUAAAUAGAGUAGCCUGUUGAGAGGGGAGCUUCCGCCUCCUUUGUAUUAAGCGUCUGUCAUCAGAGCUGUUGCUGGCGGAACACCUCCACGGUCACACUGAAUAUGCCGGGACUGCUGCUCGGAGAUGUACUUCCAAAUUUCGAGGUGGAGACCACCAAUGGCAAAAUCAAAAUGCACGAAUUUCUCGGUGAUUCAUGGGGAAUCCUGUUCUCCCACCCCAGAGAUUACACCCCGGUGUGCACCACAGAGCUGGGUCGAGCUGCCAGACUGAGCAGUGAGUUCAGUAAACGCAACGUCAAAAUGAUUGCCCUGUCCAUCGACUGCCUGGAGGAUCAUCACGGCUGGACCAAGGACAUCCUGGCAUACAACUGUGACGAGUCUGCUUGCUGCUCGCUGCCCUAUCCCAUCAUAGCGGACAGUAAACGGGAGCUGGCAGUGGCCCUGGGCAUGCUGGACCCAGAUGAGAAGGACAAAGACGGCCUGCCACUCACUGCCCGCUGUGUGUUUAUCAUCGGCCCUGACAAAAAGCUAAAACUGUCACUCCUCUACCCGGCCACCACUGGACGCAACUUUGAUGAGAUUUUGCGAGUGGUGGACUCACUCCAGUUGACAGCAGGGACACGACUGGCCACACCUGCCGACUGGAGGCCUGGAGACUGUGUGAUGGUCCCUCCCAGCAUGUCUGAGGAGGAGGCCGCCUCUUCGUUCCCAGCUGGCGUCUACUCCAAAGACCUGCCCUCUGGCAAGAAGUACCUGCGCUACACACCUCAGCAAUAGUCACGGGCAGGGACAACACCGACAUUCAACACUCUCUUGUGUUGCACGCAAUCCAGCAGCUCUCGUUCUUGGACCUUCUGCUAGUUUUUGUCCCUACCAGGUAAAUAAACCAGUCAGCAGGUAUAACAGGGAACAACAACCAAUGUCUUCAGGAAUGUAUGUAGGACUUUUCUAAAUUGGAGGUUUUACAGCAUCUACUACAACUCCAAUAAUAAAAGAUGUAAUGUUCAGCCUACUUUUCAAAAGGGGGAUUAUUUUUGGAAAGAUAGGGAUGAGAUGGGAACAUAUAUAUUACAAACAAUAUGGCAGAGAAGCUUCUACUUUGCAACAGUGAUAUGAUUUUUUGGACCAACGCAAGAGGAAGUAGUUUGUGGUGUUACACAAAGGAUUACGUAAUGAGGGCAAACAAUGCUAUGCCUAUGUAUUCAUUUUAUCUGACGUGUACUUCAAUAAAAACAGUUUCACAUGUA